GAGGCAACAUUAGGGCUUGUUCAUACUAUUGAUUCAGUGGGCGCUACGCCUGGUGAAACGGACAAGGGGUAUAAUUCUUGUUGCGGCUGUGAAACAAAGCAUUGUGACAUGUGUACACCCCUGGCUACCUGGUACCUUUUUCAUAGGCUUUUUUCAGGGCGGACUGACCAUUUGGAAACUCGGGCACUGCCCAAGGGCCCGGGAUCAGUAGGGGACACAUGAGAUGCCCCUGGUACCUUUUUCAUAGGCUUUUUUUGAGUUUGGGCAAGGACACAGGGGCCCCAUGAUCCCCUAUUGCCCAGGGGCCCCAUGA